AGCACACAAUUCUUAAAGAGAUCGUGAUUUGAGUUGAUGGUCGGACUUAAAUACUUGUAGAGAUUAUCUUGAAAUCUUGAAAAGAAUCAUUUCAUUUUCUGGGCUCACAAAAACAUCUGGUUUGAUUUCUUCACGUGACUCAAACGUCAGUAUCUCCAUUUUUCUUAGCACUAAGUUUUCUCUCCAUUUUCUUGGCUUUUACUUUCUCUCUACCUCACAGAAUUUCAGCGAAAUUUGCGGGGGCUUUCUUGGAAAAUUAGAAACAGAGUUCAUGUCAUUUUCCUAGAAAAUUGAAAACUCAUAAAAUGUAUUGAAACCAAAGACUAGUUCUCUCUCUCUCUCUCUCUCUGUCUGUUUAUAAAUUUUGUUGGGUUCUUGAUUUCAGAGUUGUCCAAGUUUUCCUGAAAAAAGGUUAAUUACUUUUGACGAAGAAAAGAAAAAUUACAAAGAUGUGUGGUUAUUCCCCAAAAGUCAAACAAUAGUGAUCAAUAGAGUGCUAUAUAAGGGAAAUAGAAUCCUCUUAAUUUCUCUCUUCCUCUUUCCCUUUAAUUUUCUGUGUCUUUUCUCCUUCUUCCGAUAUUCCUCUAUCUAGGAGAGAGAACCAGCGACAACCCUCUCUCUCUGUUCGAAGAAUCAUAAUGUUGAUUUUUGACAAGGUUUCAAUGCAAACAAACCUUGACAAGGUUUCAAUGCACACAAACCUUGACAAGGUUUCAAUGCACACAAACCUUGAACGCUUUUUGGAUUGUGUAACUCCAGUUGUUCCAUCCCAUUUGCUGCCCAAAAAUGAUAUGAUGAAUCUGAAUAGUUUAUGGCAUCCAUUGGAAAGAGAAAACUUGAACUAUUUUACAUUGGGUGAUCUCUGGAAUUGUUAUGAUGAAUGUAGUGUUUAUGGGGUUGGAGUUCCAAUUACUCUUGAUGAUGGCCAAAGUUUAGUGCAGUAUUUUGUUCCUUAUCUAUCUGCUAUUCAAAUCUUCACCAGCAAUUCUUCUGUAAACUGUGUAAGGGAAGAGACUGACUCCAUAAGUGAAACAAGGGAUUUCUUUAGUGAUUCAUUGAGUGACGAGAGUGACAGCGAAAAGCUUUCGAGAUGGGAUGGGUCGUCUGAGGAAGGAUUAUUAGAGCACGAUAACUCUUGGCAUUCCAAUGAUAGAUUGGGUAUUCUUUACUUUCAGUACUUCGAGAGAAAUUCUCCUUAUGGAAGAGUGCCUCUAAUUGACAAGAUCAAUAGCUUAGCUCAAAGAUACCCGGGAUUGUUGUCACUAAGAAGUGUUGAUCUUUCGCCUGCUAGCUGGAUGUCUGUUUCUUGGUAUCCGAUUUAUCACAUUCCAAUGGGAAGAACCAUUAAAGACUUGUACACAGGCUUUCUCACAUACCACACCAUUUCUUCUUCUUUUCAAGAUUUGGACCUUGAGGACAACCCAGAGAGUGUUGAAAGCAAAAGAAAGGAAGGAGAAAGCAUCUCUCUCCCUCCAUUUGGUAUGGCCACUUAUAAAAUGCAAGGCGAUGUGUGGAUCUCGACCAAGAAUGGCAGGGAUCAAGAGAGGCUGGUAUCUCUUUUAAGUGUCGCAGAUUCCUGGCUAAAGCAAUUAAGGGUCCAACACCAUGACUUCAACUACUUUAUGGGAUUUGGGUUGGGUAAGACCAGAACCAACGAUAAUUUUUCGACCCACAUAAUACGGACCAAAUAUUAGAAUCUGGUUUUUUGGUUUUUCCCUGUUUGUGUUGAUAGGAAGUAUGAGAAUUAGUGGCCUUAGGUUGGGAUGAGCAUAUGACUCCUCUUUAUCGAUAUUUUAGCAUUAGGAUCUGAUCUGGUUGUUCAAUGGCUUCAUUCUGGUUUUAAGUUUUGCAAGCGAUCAGUGUAUGAUGUAUGGGGAACUGAACGAAUAGAAAUAGAGAUGGGGGGAGAGAGAGAUAGAGAGAUGCCAUCGGUGCUUUUGUAACUCUGAACUAAUUCAAUGCAUUUAUGUAGAGGAGAGCAA